UGGAAUGCAGCAUAGGGGAGCGGGCCUCAGGUGUAGGCAGCGUGCUGAGCGAUAACUGGAUACGCUCAGAUAUGAGAGAAGCUUUUUUUUCGGCGAAUUUCUUUUUUGACAAGCUGAUCCCUAUUGGUGAACUAUAACUAAAGGGUGGUUGUCGCUUGCGGGGUUGACGUUAUUUAUUGACAGCGUUCUAUUCUAUCUGAAAAGGCUUGCGUGUGUAAGAUAUUCACAAAAGGACUGGGCCCUAAACAACUUGUUUCAAUUCCGAGAGAGAGGGACAGGGCUACCUACCUGUCCUGUUGGUUGCUGGUAGCGGCGUAUCAGAAGGAUAUUAUUUUCCGGCUGCAAGUGGAACAGACGUUGACUCAUGAAGAAUACAGAGGAGUAACCUAGUUAUAAUUUUAUUUGCUUAGCAUAUCUAUUUGUUCGUAAUGCUCCACCAACCUGUAAGAUCUCGUUCAAAAAAAGUUGCUUAAAUGGAAAAAAAAACAAUUAUCCUUGUAUUUUUCACAAUAUUGAUUUUGUGCGCAUGUGAAAAUAGACAGCGGUAGGCUAAAUCGAACGUUCAUGCCAUUUUAAGAGCAUAUGUCUACUGUUCUUAUAUUAGCCUACCGUUGCUAAAUUGGCUGAAUUGUAAACUAAAUUUGUCAGAUUGCAAUCUUAUUCUUGCCAGUAGUUCAGCCUAUGCUUUCUGUACACUAAUCUAGCAAUCGGGUGUGCGAUCACCUGCGCUAUUGGCACCAUUCCAAUGAUAAACCAUUGCGUUUUCCAAUGUUAUCCGCAGAAAAGUUAUCGCUGAGAAUAGGACAUAAUACAAAUGUCAUUUAAUCCUGCACGGCCAGGCGCAGAGCGCAGUGUGUGUCCUGUGACAUUGCACCUGAAUGUCUACUUGGCGAGAGAGAUGAGUUUUGCCUCGUCUUCCAAAAGAGAUUCGUCGCGCCUUUCGCAGGAAGAACAUGGACUAGAACUGGAUAUAUUUGGAAUUCGUUGGAUAGCCAAACGUUCUAAGCCUGAAUGAAAGAGAUCACACGUUAAUUAUCUGGUUAUGGUAUUUCAACAAAGUAUGAAUUUCAACCAAAUUUGAUCUUAAAUUCGUGAACGUUCUCUGGACUCACUGACUCCGGGAUGCCCAACAAACCAAUUGACUGAGCUGAAACUGCUUGGAUCAUGAUGCAAGCGUAAAAUUGCACCUGACAUCGAAUGCAACACAGCUGAUCACAUUUGACAAGGACCUACUAUGUCAACAUUACCAACCAGGAGGUUGUCUUUCUGCCAGGCUUUGACCUUCAUCUGCCUGCUGGUCUCUGCCGUCUACCUGUCCUCCCAGCCCAGCUCUUCCUGGGUGUCUGCGUGGGGUCCUUCAGAGGGUCGUUCAGCGCGUGCCCGACGACAGCUGCACUACAGGAACGAAUGGGCCUCGUGGAAUGGCUGGUCCGUGUGCUCGCGCUCAUGUGGGGGAGGGGCCUCUGUGCGAACACGCACCUGCAUCACCAGGAACCCAGUUGGCGGACCAUGUUCAGGAGACCCCAGACAAUACAAGAUCUGCAACACCAAGGGGUGUGCUGGGGGCUCAGAGGACUUCAGGGAGAUGCAGUGUUCUGCCUACAACGACAGACCGCUGGUGGCUGGAAACAGUUACAGAUGGACCACCUUCCAUGGAGGUUCUAACCCGUGUGAGCUGAGCUGUCUGGCCCAGGGUCACAACUUCUACUACAACUUUGGUCGUGUCCUGGACGGCACUGCCUGCAGUAAAGAGCCUGGAGAUGUGUGUGUCAACGGAAAAUGCUUGACACCGGGCUGUGACCUGAUCCUGGGCUCGGACCAGCAGGAGGAUGCCUGUAUGGUGUGUGGAGGACAGAACUCCACCUGCCUACACCACAGGAGUGUGUACCAGAAUGCACAGGGAGCAGCGGGUCCGUUUGGGUACAAUGAAGUGACCAUGAUCCCAGCUGGAGCUACUCACAUCCGUGUCACCGAUAACAGCAGGAACUAUCUGGCGCUCCAGAACGGGCGUUCCCAGUUUGUCAUUAAUGGGAACUGGAAGAUCAGUGUUCCUGGGGAGUACAGCGUAGCGGGAACCAAGCUCCUGUACAAGCGCUCUGUGGACACCUGGGAAAGCUUUGAGGUCCCUGGACCCACUAUGGAGGACCUGCACGUCAUGGUGUUGGUGACAGACAGGAACCCGGGGAUAGAAUACGAGUAUUGGCUCCCUCCAGACCGCUACGCUCUGUUCCAUGGCAGGAGGAGUCAGCUACGCCAGCCUCACCACACUGCUAGCUACAUCCCCUGGGAUCACCCCACCACUACUACUACUACUACUACUACUACUACUAGACCUCCCCCUGUCACCACAAGACCCUACUGGGCUCCUCCAGGUGGCUGGCCCAUCAAGUCCCCUCGCCACCCAGCUCGCCAACCCCCUCACCAGCCCCAUCGCCCACAUGUCCUUCCCCGCCUGGAGAGGGAUGAGACCAGGAGGAACCGACUACCCCAACCACCCCGAGGAGGGCAUUGUGGGAAAUGUAGGCGGGCCCGCGGUCGAGGGGAGCGCCAGAGGCAGUACUGCCAGAAAGACUUCGUGUUCCGUGCCAAAGUUAUGAGCAAGCUGUACCGGGGUGAGGAGACGCGCUACGAUGUCCAGAUCCUCCACACCUACCACAAUCGCUUCCGCCUGGAGCACCGCGAGUUCCUGUGGGUGCCCAACGUGUGUGACUGCCCCCCUUUGGAGGAAGGGCGGCAGUACGUACUGAUGGUGCGUCGCCACAUUAACAACGAGCAGACGUUGAACCGGAUACUGAUGGAGGAGGACAGCUACGCAAUACCCUAUAAACCUAGAGAGGACGCUCUGUUGCGCCCCCUGGAGGAUCUGUGUAGUAACAGAGGGCCCAGGCCACCUGCGGAACUGAGAGGCGGCUAUGCCUAGACAUAGAGAUGUACAGUAUACACGUGCACACCUAGAUGCACACAUACUUUGACUGUCAUGACUCCUUAACACUCCUCAAGACUGAGCACUUCUGAUGGUGAAUCAGACAAACAAUGGGACUGCAUGUGUGUGUCUGUGUGUGACAUUAAAAUCCCAUACACCCCUACGCAACAACUUCCUGCCUCUGGCCCUUCAAAAGACACACAGAGAGCAACAGAACCACUAGAAUUCCAAAAUGGGGGAACUGAAAAUGGCGGAGGCAAACACUAGUUGAACUCUGGGAAGAGACUAUACUCAGGGUGACCCAGUAGAUCUGCCAGUCAGCGUGAUAAGAAGGCAAAGCCCUCAAAGAGCAAUGCAAAAGCUGACCAGCUCACAAAGUAUAGCACUUUAGGUGGACGUUAUCACCCACCUUUAAAACUUACCAAAGAGAAGAAUAUAUCCACAUCAAUGGCCAAGAAUUUGUGUUUUGUUUUUGUUCCCUUUGCUAACUAGAUAACUGACUAUAACUAUCUGCCUGGGUUACUAACAGGCAGUGUUGGGGAAGCUACUCUGAAAAUAUAGUUCAUAGCUUGUAUCAAUUACUUCACACUGGAAGAGGUUAAGCUACACUGCGGCCUAGGUUCAAUCAGAACAAGCGUUAAUCGGCGAUAGCAGACACCUGCAUAGCUGAUGUUUUGACAGUGCCGGAGAUGUAACUGUGUUGGAGCUGUCAAAUUGGUGAAGAGCUACUCUUCAUCAUUGUCACUCAAGUUAGAUAUUCAGAAUGACAAAGUGUAGGCUAUAUCGAAAUAAUGACUCUCAAAUUGAAUAUCAUUAGCCUAAAGAAAAUGCAGCCAAUAGCAAUGUCUGCUUCAGGUGUAAUGCCAGGAUCUGCUCUAACGCAGUUCCACCUCCGACACUGCCUGAACAACUGCUAUGCGGAUGUCGGCUAAAGCGGAUCUGAUUGAAUAGAGCCAUUACGCUACCCUAAAGAAAAAUAUAGUUGACUUUAAUAGUUACUUUGAAAAGUAGUUCACUACAUCCAAACUACUUUGUAAAAAACUAUCAUAUCUAAAUCUGAAAUGUCAUCGACUACACAGUUAAGAAAAAUGACUGCCAGAACACAUCACUCUGGAGUCAGAUGUUAACAGUGUAGUGAGAUCUGUGUGACAGCCAGAGUGAGUGCUUUGGCUUAGCCCAGUGGCCAGGGAGAGAGAAAACAAUAGGGGGUAGUUGAAUAAAUGUCGUGGGCAGUUCCAGUAGAUAGCUACAUGGCUAAAACAAGUCAUUAACCACCAAAGACACUACAAAGAUUUGAAUGGAGUUACUACAGAAUAUAGGUAAAUUACUAACUGAAUUAAAUGUAGUGGAACUACUCCCCAGGACUGCUAACAGUUCAGUCACUCUGUCAAAAUAAAUGUGACACUUUUCUUUCUUCUCAUACCUAAAACUACAUAUUGUUCCAUAUUGUAUUUAUGUGGCAAAAUAAUAUCUAGAUCAUAACAUUUAUAUUUGUGUUUUGCUUCUAAAAUAUAGUCUUUUUUUAAAUCUAUCAAUGUAUUUCUAUCUAUUGAUGUAUGUGUUUUGGGUAACAAUUUACAUUAAUUUGCUCUUAUACCUGUGUAGUAACCGUGUCAUUAAUUACACUAGUAGCAUUGUAGUUACAUGUUAUAGCACAGUACUUCACAAAUUGCAUUGUAAUUGCGUAGUGAUGGGGUUGAGUUUAUUUCACUUGUGUAGUAACAGAAAGCGCUCAACUCUACUACUAUUACUAUGCAUUUAAAUCUACACUGACAUAAGAGCAAGUUCAUGUAAAGUGUUACUGUGUUUUGAAUAUUAAAUCAAUCGGGUUCCCUUAGUCUGUUUUGUUAGGUCUCCUAUUGUCUAAUUCACAUGAAUAUUUACUUUUGUGUGAAACAAAAAUAUGGAUUAUUAAGUAUUUUAUAUUGGUGUGGCACUGAGUAGCUACAAAUAUAAGAAACAUAUUUAAUUUGAAUGACUGGUGAAUUAUGUGCAAUCUAUUCCUAUACAUGAACUAUGCUGUAAUAAGUUAUUUUUUAUUAUCGGGUUUUAAAAAUUUGCCAACACAUUGCUUUCUUUAACACCACCGACACCACAUUUUACAAGGCGGGAUGGUCUGUACUCAUAUGCAUUUUUGUGUAGUUUGUAUAGGUAGAUUACCCCUAGAAACAUCAUUCAAACUUCAAAACCUGCUGAGUGCUGGCAUACAACUUUUUGAUAGUUUCAUUUUUUUUAAAAACUUUUAAAACUAUUUUAUUUCCCAUCUUCAUUCAAUUCAAUGGGAUUUCUAAAGAUCCCAUUGUGACAAUAUCAACUUCCAGACUUCUAACAUUCCAUUCACUGCAACUUUUGACACAAAUCAGCCGACCGGUUUCUCAACAAGUUAGACACGUUGGGCUUUUGAUAUCUUCCUCUACUUCUCUGCUAUUCAAAUCUGGAAUCAGAACAGAAGUAUCUGCUGUUUGAGUUGAGUGGAUAAAAUUAGCUGGCUAACUUCAGCUAACAGCUCUCUCAUGUCUCUUCAUUAACUCGUUGCUAUGGAUACUCACACUCUCAGGGAAAGUAAAGCAGAGGGUGAAAAGGGUGGAUGAGGAAUUGUAAACAACAAGAAAGCAGCUACUACUCCAGAGGUGGCAGCCAUGGCAACAGCGUGUCAUCCUCCUCAGCACGGUGCUGUACAUAGCCAACUAUCAAUGUUCUUAAUAUCUAACAAGCGAAGCAAGAGUAGGGAAAGAAGAAAGGCUGAUGCACAUUGACUUUUUAUUUUUUGUACGUGAAACCUUUUCACAUGCAACAACUGUAGUUUAGAUAUUUGAAUUUGAAUGAGCGUGUGUAGCCUAUUCGGUUCAGUCAGAAUGUGAUUCGUAUUAUCCAGCAACUUUCUGAGUUGGAAAAGGAGUGUGUGUGUGUGCGUGCAUAUGUCUACACUUUGUGUAGCUAUUAGCAAUUAUGGUAAUAAUAAACGUCUUCUGGUAGAGAUAGAAAGGCUUUUCCCAAAACCUUCUCAAUUAAAUGUUAACUACAAAGUAGCCUAUAA